ACACUCUGUGUCUUAAGUGUAGUAGAUAGAAUGCUUCUACCAUUUCAGCAAGUUUGUAGUAGAAGAACAGAACAAAGUACUCUAAGUAAAAGUAAGGCUUGUACUUUGGGUUUUGACUUUACCUUUACUACUACAGAAAAGAAACAAGAGUCUUACUACAGUACACUUAAGAUAAUGAAAGAAGUGAGUACUAUUUCUUUUGUACUUCUAUUUUUCUAA